GCCCUUAUAAAGUGUGCCUGCGGCGCCCACCUCUCCUGGCCCUGUCCGGUCCUCAGCAGGCAGCUUGGUGCCCCUUAGGCCGCAUGGCACCGUCCCUGGAGCAGGCCUACCGGAGGCGCUGGUGGAUGGCGGGCACGGCCGUGGUGGAGAACCUCUUCUUCUCAGCCGUGCUGUUCGGCUGGGGGUCCCUGCUCAUCAUGCUCAAAGCCGAAGGCUUCUACUCGCACCUCUGUCCCGGUGAGAAUGGCACCAACGUGACGGAGGACAAGUCCCCGGGGGUGACCUGUGCCCAGCAAGAGGAGAUGCUGAACCUGGGUUUCACCACCGGCUCCUUUGUGCUCAGCGCCACCACCCUGCCCUUGGGCAUCCUCAUGGACCGCUUUGGUCCUCGCCCGUUGCGCUUGCUGGGCAGCUCCUGCUUCGCCAUCUCUUGGGCGCUGAUGGCCCUGGUCGCCCGGGACCCCCCAGUGCUGUCCCCAGUGACUUUUCUGGCGCUGUCCCUGAAUGGUUUCGGCGGGAUCUGCCUCACCUUCACCUCCCUCACCCUGCCCAACAUGUUCGGAAACCUGCGGUCCACUUUGAUGGCCCUGAUGAUUGGCUCCUACGCCUCUUCCGCCGUCACGUUCCCCAUUGUCAAGCUGAUCUAUGACGGGGGAAUAUCCUUUGUGGUCAUCAUGCUCACCUGGUCCGGCCUGGCCUGCCUCAUCGUCCUCAACUGUGCCCUUAACUGGCCCAAGGAGGCUUUCCCUUCCCCAGAGGAGGCCAACUACACGAAGAAGAUCAAGCUGAGUGGGUUGGCCCUGGAUCACAAGGUGACGGGAGACCGCUUCUACACGCACGUCACCACUGUGGGCCAGCGGCUGAGCCAGAAGGCCCCGAGCCUGGAGGAGGGCCGGGAGUUCUUCCCCUCAUCCCAGGAUGUGCGGGGCAACUUUCCCAAGGAUCCCGAGACGUCAGUCCCCUUUCGGAAGAGCCUGUGUUCCCCCAUCUUCCUGUGGAGCCUCGUUACCAUGGGCAUGACCCAGCUGCGGAUUAUAUUCUACCUGGCCGCCAUGACGAAGAUGCUGGAGUUCGUCGUCACCGGAGGCCCGGACCACGAGACCGAGGAGCUGAGAAAGCAGGCGGAUGAGACGGUCGGCUUCUACUCCUCCAUCUUCGGGGCCCUGCAGCUCCUCUGCCUCCUCACCUGCCCCCUCAUCGGCUACAUCAUGGACUGGCGCAUCGAGCAGUGUGUGGACGGACCUUCUGACGGCGGCGCCCCGGGAGACGGCAGCGCCGGGAUCGCCAAGAGGCCGGGCAAGCCGCGCCACCGGAAGAUCCAGAAGAUCACCAACGCCAUCCGGGCCUUCAUCCUCACCAACGUCCUGCUCGUCGGCUUCGGCAUCGCUUGCCUCGUCGGCAACCUGUACCUCCAGUUUCUGACGUUCAUCCUGCACACCAUGGUCCGGGGCUUCUUCCACUCCGCAUGCGGGGGACUCUACGCCGCCGUUUUUCCCUCCAAUCACUUCGGGACCCUGACGGGCCUGCAGUCCUUGUUCAGUGCCAUCUGCGCCCUCCUCCAGCACCCGCUCUUCAUGCUCAUGGUGGGACCCUUGCGGGGGGACGCCUUCAAGGUGAACCUGGGCCUGCUCCUGUUCUCGCUGCUGGGAUUCCUGCUCCCUUCCUACCUCAUCUACUACCGGUCGCGCCUCCGGAGAGAGAGCACCGCCUGGGAUGCCCCGCCGAAGGGGCCCGACGGCCAGGAGGCCUCCGCGUAGCGAGGAAGCCCGGCUGCCCGGCCAGCGGGAACGGACCCGCCUGCCUUUCCUACCUGAACGUGCGCACGGAACCGAGGGACGCGGAUUUAUAAAUACGACGAGAGGUUCUAUUUUUGUAGGGAUUUGCCCAAACUCUCCGUUGACCAAAAGCAAACGCAAGUACUUCCCGAGCCAGGGGCAAAGACGCCUCCCGGCCUUCCUCGCUCCCUCCAGGAAGCUGGGCCCGGGGCCACAUUUCGGGUGGCUGCGCGGCCCCGGAGUCGACGGGGCCCGUUUCCCGUGGAGCCUGCCUGCUAAGUGAUGCGAAGGCCGCAUCCUCCAGGAAGGGGAGAGCGGUCGGGGUCUUCCCUGCCCCCUGUGUGGAGCAGGAGGGGCUGGUUGGGGCAGAGGCUAUGCUCUGGGGGUGAGCGGUUUGGUGCCCUGAUUCCUGGGAGGGAGGGGGGCGGGUUCUCCCUCUCCCCUCAUGCUUUCGUCACUUAUCUUAGA